GAUGGGCGGGGUUAAGUGCUUCCGGCGUCCGGAGUUGACGUUGUGGGUAAACUAGUCCUGUUGCCGUGGCAGCGGCCGAGGCGGGCGGACUCUUUUCGCCACGUUGUACAGAGGAGGGGGAUUGUCUACAGUAGCAGCCUGGGCUGAAGAGCGCCGCCUUUGCGGGAUUGGCAGGGACCCAACUUCCAUCCCUAAUGCAGCUGAAUUAUGUGCUCCUACAGGGUGGGCACCAUGUGGCAUUCAUCUCUGUACCCCCAGCACCUAGCAGUACUGGCAUGUGGUAGGCACUCAAGAAAUGUGUGUUGAAUGAAGGAUGCCUGUGCCAAGCAACUGGACUUUACUCUUUCCUGACCCUUGCUCCUAUUCCACACCUUCUCCUGACUGCCACUGUCACCCCCUCACAGAAGAGCUUCUCUAGGGAACCUGGAAGGGAAACAGCUAUGGCCAAAGACAUCCUGGGUGAAGCCGGGUUGCACUUUGAUGAGCUGAAUAAGUUGCGGGUGUUGGACCCAGAGGUUACCCAGCAGACCACAGAGCUCAAGGAAGAGUGCAAGGACUUCGUGGACAAAAUUGGCCAGUUUCAGAAAAUAGUUGGUGGUCUAAUUGAGCUUGUUGACCAACUUGCAAAAGAAGCAGAAAAUGAGAAGAUGAAGGCCAUUGGUGCUCGGAACUUGCUCAAAUCUAUAGCAAAGCAGAGAGAAGCCCAACAGCAGCAACUUCACGCACUAAUAGCAGAAAAGAAAAUGCAGCUAGAAAGGUAUCGAGUUGAAUAUGAAGCUUUGUGUAAAGUAGAAGCAGAACAAAAUGAAUUUAUUGACCAAUUUAUUUUUCAGAAAUGAACUGAAAAAUCUCAUUUUUAUAGCAGGAAGGCAAAAAAAGCCCCCAAACCAAAAAACCUCUACCAUUCCAGUGACUUGACUGAUGACCUGAGUAUGUCAUGAAACAGUGUAUAAGGGGUGAGCCCCCAGAGGCAGUAAUGCAAGUCUGGGGGAGCUGGUGUUAAACAUCGGUGCACAGCCACUGCCAGUGGCCACACAGGGCAGGUCCUCACCUCUUGCAUUAUUAUGAACUAAGCAGUCUGUAAACUUUGCUCUUUUUUGUAAAUUCACAAUACUUUGGAAGGAAAAGCAAUAAAUUAUUGUUUUCAAAUAGUUUGAUCUACCUUUCUUCCCUCAGUGCCUUGCAGUAGGCUUAACCCCUUUCGAUAGGACCCUGGAUGUUCCAGCCUCUAGUCCACAAAACAAACCAGGCAGUGGCUACAGCUACCUUUAUUUGUACCAGA